CUCACUCCUGUUCCGUUCGUCCCGACUUCUCCGGGCUGCCGGCAUCGUUGUUGACGACGCGCUCUAUGCUAUGCUGGCCACAGCAAAGGCAGGCUUGCCCUACCGACACGUCUCUCUGAGACCCCGACAGCCGUCUACCUGCAUCGCCCGCACUCGUGCUCGUCGUUACACCGAUCAAUCCAACAAACCGCCUGGCGGUACGUCUGAGGAGAGACAAACUCCCGACCUCAAGGAUGCUGUGACGAAGACAGCCGAGCUCGGUCCACCUGAUGCGGAGAGGAAGACGGCACUUUCGUGGUGGCCGAAAUUCAGAGAGUGGUGGUGCUCCAGGACUGAUCCGGAGGAGGAGUUGUUUCACUAUGCCAUCAGGGACAAGUUGGCCCGCACCCUUACGCAGGGGGCUGCGAAACAUGAUGCGAAACAUGAAGGGAUCUCGUUACAGUCUGAGGGGAGGAAGAGGAAGAGAAGGAAGAAGAUAGGCGUUGAAGAUGGAUUAAUGCUGAAGAUGUUAUUGGACGGAAUCGACAAACGUUUAGUAGAAAAAUACGGGACACAUCCCGAUGAUAUGCCGAAGACGAACACCCCCGAAUCUAAUUCCGGAGAAAAAGGAGACCAUAACAUGAAAUUUACAUCAUUAUCCCCCAUUAGUUCGCUCUCAUCAUCUUCAACGUCUUCUGCUAUCUUACCCUCAUUUCGCGUCUCGCCGUCAACAUGGAGCAUACGAUCAACACCAUCAGUCGUUCAGAGGCGAAGUUAUAAACAACAAGCAUCAAAGCCUGACGCUCCUGCAUCUUCAGAGGAUCCGACCACUCCACCAAUCCCUCCACAACCCUCAAACUCCACACCGCUCACUUCUUCUCCACCACCACGGACUCAUGUCUCUGCCGCUAAAGCACGACACAGCGAUUGGGCUGCCAUACGGCAGCUAACAUCACACAUAUGGCCUGCCAAUGACUGGCGUACGCGUUCGCGCGUCAUCGUAGGCUUCGGCCUGUUGAUCGGCGCGAAGCUCCUAAAUGUUCAGGUUCCGCUGCUGUUCAAGCAGAUUAUCGACGCUCUCAACGUGCCGGUAACGGCUGAUAACGCGGUAUGGGCGAUAGCGGGGAGUUUGAUUGUGGCCUACGGAGCUGCGAGGAUCGGUUCUACGCUAUUCGGAGAACUGCUCAACGCAGUAUUUGCGAGGGUGGGUCAGCAAGCCAUACGAAAGGUAUCACGAGAAACGUUUCAGCACCUUCUUGAUCUCGACCUCAGGUUUCACCUCACCCGUCAAACGGGAGGCCUCAUCCGUGCUAUUGACCGUGGAACAAAGGGCAUCACGUUUCUGUUGCAGGCGAUCGUGUUUCGCAUCGUUCCUACUGCGCUCGAGAUCUCACUUGUUUGCGGAAUUUUGUCGUACAAGUUUGGCUGGGACUUCGCCGCAAUAACCGUGGCGACGAUGGCUGCCUAUACAUGGUUCACUGUCCGGACUACGUCUUGGAGAACUCGCUUCCGGCGGGAGGCCAACGCCGCAGAUAACAAGGCGGCGGCAACCGCGGUCGAUUCGCUCAUCAACUACGAGGCAGUGAAGAACUUCAACAACGAGAAGUACGAAGUUGCCCGAUACGACAAGCACUUGGCGCAGUAUGAGGCUUCGUCCAUCCGGAUCGCCACAUCGCUCGCUUUCCUCAACUCGGGCCAAAACAUCAUAUUUUCGAGUGCAUUGACGAUGAUGAUGUUUCUCGCCGCUCAAGGCGUUGUCUCUGGCUCUUUGACCGUUGGAGAUUUGGUCAUGAUAAACCAGCUGGUUUUCCAACUGUCGUUGCCGCUCAACUUCCUGGGAACGGUCUACCGUGAGAUGAGGCAGAGUCUCUUGGAUAUGGAGGUGCUUUUCAACCUUCAGAAUCAGAAUCAACCCCGGCGGGACAGGCCCGGCGCGCCACCACUGAAGUUGACUGGCGGUUCUCUUCGGUUCGAGAACGUCGCUUUCGGUUACCAUCCCGACCGUCCGAUCUUUCGCAACCUCUCCUUCACGGUUCCCGCUGGUAAGAAAGUGGCCAUAGUCGGACCUUCCGGCUGCGGGAAGUCGACCAUCUUUCGGCUGCUCUAUCGGUUCUAUGAGCCUUCCUCCGGCCGCAUAUUCAUUGAUGGGCAGGACAUCGCCGACGUCCAGGUCGAGAGCCUCCGGAGAAAUAUCGGGGUUGUGCCUCAAGAUACGCCCCUAUUCCACACGGAUAUCAUGCACAACAUCCGAUAUGGUAGGCUGAGCGCGAGUGACGAGGAAGUGAUUGAGGCCGCGAGAGCGGCCCACGUCCAUGAGACGAUCGCGACGCUUCCUGACGGGUAUCACACCAUGGUGGGAGAGCGAGGCCUAAUGAUUUCUGGCGGAGAGAAGCAGCGACUAGCCGUGGCGCGAGUCUUGCUCAAAGACCCGCCCAUCCUGUUCUUCGACGAAGCGACCUCGGCUUUAGAUGCUCAGACUGAGGCUAACCUCAUGAGGAACAUCAAGUCAACCUUGCUGACGAAAUCGCGAACUAGUGUAUUCAUCGCCCACCGUCUCGCCACCGUCGUGGACUCAGACCUGAUUAUCGUACUCAGAGAAGGGCAGGUCGUCGAACAGGGGACCCAUGAUGAAUUGCUUGCGGCUAGAGGUCUCUACUACACUAUGUGGGUCCAGCAGUCGACCCUGGCUACAGAAACAUCGGACGAUGUCACUGCCUGACGUUCCGCGCCUCCGCUCUUUUUUCUCUGCCAAUUUUUAUCAUCAGUACAUAUACAGUAUUUGUCUUUCGUAAAGAGCCGCAUUUAUGCCAAC